AUGUCCAACACCUCUUUGAUGUCGCUCGACCGUGUCCGAGCACUUCGGACACGCACCGAGCUCCUCGGCAGUGUCGAAGCUGUCGAGGAAAGCUUCACAUCGGCGACGAAUGGCAUGAAUUUCUUGCAGCAGAUCGCCGGGUCUUUGAAGACGAUCGUGAACCAACACGUUUCGGCGGCCCAAGCCCUGAAGAAAGCUCGGCAGCAAGAAUCCGAGACACAUCGGAAAGAACUGGAUAGACAAGCGAAGGAAAAAAAACGGGAACUAGAAAAAGAGGCUAAACUGCAGAAAAAGCUUGCCGAUGGCAAGAACGAGCCGUCCCCAGCGGGCGGUUGCGGAGCAGGAUCGGAUGCCAAGCGCCGCCGUUUGUUUCCGUCCGCCUUCACUGAGCACGACCCAGUGGUGUUGACAGCGCAGGGCUGGUCGGAACGACAGGUGACUGUCGUGGAGAACUACGCACCUCGCCUUCAGGCAGCUGCUGUGAGCAGGGUCUUGGAAGGUGAGAAUGUCAUCAUUCGCUGCCGGAGGGCAAACGUCAAGAAAGCUAUGGAGGACACCGAGAAGCCCCGGCAUGCAAAGCUCUUGGAAAGUGACUCUCUUGCUACUGCUGCCAUGCACAUGUGUCUGCGUGACCAGCUUCGGGACAACUAUGAGCGUUACUACAUGGAGGAUCAUGCUCUACGACCACGCACUGGUGUGGUGCUCGACUUCCACGGCCUGAAGGAAAAGCUUGGUUCGCAGGGCAGCCAAGGGGCUGAGGCUGAGGACACUGAGGAGUGCCUUCAAAAACUGACGACGGUGCACCUGAUCGGAGAGCAGGUGGACAAGGUUCACCAGCACACGAUGCCCGGAGGAAUGGGUGCGAUUCUCUUCCAGGCGCUUGGUUGCAAGCGUUUCAGCGUCGCCAGUGUUCUGGACUUGAUGAAGCUGCCUCCUGUUGACAUGAAAGACAAAUUGGAUGCAUUCACGAAGCUGACGCCAGAAGUUGCGGCCAAGCACGAUCUGAAUGUGUUGGCCGGAGCCCUCCUGCCAGGUGACGCCCUGGUGCUGCAGCCUGGCCAGAUCCUGGUGACGAAGACGCACAACGAAACAAACAUAUCAGCAAGGCUGGGCAUCGGGUACGUGCAUGCGAUGGAGCCACUGGAGGCUAUGAAUGCCUUGGUGCAAGGGCCGGAGCAAUCGGGCAUGAUCGAUUUCCUCAUUGCACAUGCUCAAGAAGCAUUUGCGGAGAAAGCCGCUUUUGUGCCUCCUCCUCAAGACGGUGAUGAUGGUUCAGCGAAUGAGCUGGAGGUAGUCUUUCUCACUGCACGCGUUCAUCAGAUUGUAGCUGUCUUAUUGUCUGCGAACUGGCGAACUUAUUUGCAGGGCCAAGAUCAAGAUGACGAAGACGACGGAGGUGGCCGAGAUGAUGAUCGACUUACGUCUAUUCUUGAUGAGAUUGAAGAGGAUGUGGAAGAGGAGGCUGCAAAGAAGCUUCAGGCUCAG